AUGACUAGUCAUCAAACCUCACGCCCCAAGACCAUGCGCGCCGUGGUCUGGGAAGGCAAACCCUAUGAGAUGGCUGUCAAAGCAGACAUCCCACUCCCGCGUCUCAAGGAGCCCGAAGACGCCAUCGUCCGCAUUACCACAUCUGCUAUUUGCGGCACUGACCUUCACAUCUACCAUGGCAUCAUGUCCAGCGCCGAAGUGCCCUACCCAGUAGGCCACGAGGCUAUGGGAAUUGUCGAGGAAGUAGGGGAUGCCGUCGACAAUCUGCAAGUUGGUGAUCGCGUUGUCGUCUUUGGCCUUCCCGAAGACGGGUCCAUCGACACUGACAAUCAGAUCUUCCCUCAGCUUGGUGGAUUCGGUCUUGGCAAAGACUUCGGCGACCUAGGUGGCCUUCAAGCCGAGUACGUUCGCGUGCCCUUUGCAGACAGCUCCCUCAUCAAGAUCCCCAAGAAGCUCUCCGACAAAGAGUGGCUCUUCCUCAGCGACAUCUUCCCCACCGCAUGGGAAGGGCUGAGCUGGUCAGGCUUCCAGCCAGGCGACUCCGUGGCCAUCUUUGGUGGCGGUCCCGUGGGCCUGCUCUGCGCCUAUAGCGCCAUUAUUCGUGGUGCUAGCCUAGUCUACGUCGUAGACCACAUUCCACAGCGCCUAGCCAAAGCCGCCAGCAUCGGUGCCAUUCCCAUCAACUUUACCAAGGGUGGUGCCUCGGCCUCGGAGCAGAUCUUGGCUCUUCGUCCCGGUGGUGUCAAUCGCAGCGUCGACUGCUGCGGGCAGGAGUGCGUCAAUGCCGAGCUGAAGCCGCAGCAAGAUUACAUCCUGCGUGAAGCCAUCGCCGUCACCUCUGUUGGCGGCGGGAUCGGGAUACCUGGCGUCUACUGGGCCCAGGAGAAGAGCGUGGGCGCGCCCAAUGCAGAUAAGAUGAAGAAGAACCUCAGUCUACCGAUGAGUGACUUUUGGAUCAAGGCGCUGACGAUGAAGAGCGGUAUUGUUCAGGGGCAGCCGACGUUUGCUGCGCUAGUGAAGCUGGUCGAGAGCGGACAGGCUAGACCUGGUUUCAUUGCUACGGCAGAGUACGACCUCGAUGACGCUCCCAAGGCGUAUAAGAGGUUUGAUAAGAAGCUCGAAGUCAAAGUUUUGUUCCGCGGCGCUGGCAAGGAGGGGAGGGACGACUAUGAAUGGGACGAGGAUGUGGAGCUGAAGAAUCAAGGGGGCACUGAAAUGCGGUCAUCUGGAAGAGCCAAGAGAGCAAGAUUGCACUAG